AUGACCUCAAAAGACCCCGAGAAACAAUCACCGUUCCCCUCUACAAAUAGCCGGUCUCCCUCAAACGCCAGCAAUGUUGGUGUCGGUAUCUUAUCCAAUGGAAACGCUGGAUCUCAGGCCCUGCAUCGUAAGCUGCGAGGUAAAGAGGUGCAGCUCUUUGCGAUCGGCGGCGCAAUCGGUACAUCUCUAUAUGUGCAAAUGGGAGCUGCUCUUCCUAAAGGCGGUUCCGCAGGUCUUUUUAUUGCUUUUAUUAUAUGGGGCUCAGUGAUGUGGGCAGUGAACGAGUGCUUUGCCGAGAUGGUAACUUAUCUUCCUGUGCCAUCCCCUUUCAUUCGAUUCGGGGGCGAGUGGGUCGAUGGUGCACUGGGAUUUGCUAUGGCAUGGAACUUCUUCCUGAACAUGGCAUUCCUCGUUCCAUUCGAGAUUGUGGCUAUGAACAUAAUGAUCACCUUUUGGACGGACAAGGUGCCUGUUGAGUCGAUUAUUGUCGCAAUGAUUGUGCUAUAUGCUCUCCUCAACAUGAUCAGUGUGCGUUACUUUGGAGUCGCAGAGUUCUAUCUUUCCAUUUUCAAGGUAAUUUUGAUGAUUGGGUUAUUCUUCUUCACGCUUGUCACAAUGGUGGGAGGGAACCCCUUGCACGACCGAUACGGCUUCAGAUAUUGGAAUAACCCUGGAGCAUUCGUCGAACAUCUGUCUGCUGGAAAUACGGGGAGGUUUCUUGGAGUAUUGUCAUGUGUCUAUCAGGCUAGUUUCUCAAUUUGUGGACCGGAAUAUAUCUCGAUGGUCGCGGCUGAGGCCGAGACUCCACGAAAGGUUCUGCCACCUGCAUUUCGAUCAUUCGUCUGGCGCAUCCUUUUGUUUUUCGUUGGUUCGGCCCUUUGCAUGGGCAUCGUCAUUCCAUAUAAUGACGACACGCUUCUUUCUAUUCUCGGAGGUGACAUCUCUGGCUCCGGAACAGGUGCUGCAUCGCCCUAUGUCAUUGCAAUGGAGCGACUCAAGAUUGGUGGCCUCCCUCAUCUAGUGAAUGCACUUAUCAUGACAUCCAUAUUCAGCGCCGGUAACGGUUUACUAUUCGCAGCGACCCGUACCCUGCACGGGAUGUCAAUUGAAGGCCAUGCACCUCGAUUUCUGUCGCAAUGCACGAAAGCAGGUGUCCCAAUCUGGGCUCUUGCUGUAUCUCUUUCAUUCUGUCUUCUCGCGUUCCUCCAAGUCAACGAUUCCUCGGCAGUAGUCAUGACAUACCUCGUCGACCUUGUCACAUGUUGCCAACUGCUAAAUUACUGCUUUACAGCAGUGACAUACCGCCACUUCUACUCAAGUCUCCAGAAGCAGGGAAUUUCACGAGAUGACCUCCCUUAUAAAGGGCGGUUCCAGCCUUAUACCAGUUAUUUUGCGAUGGGUGGCACAGUCUUCAUGCUCCUGGCAGGUGGUUACGAUCUAUUCUUAACGGGUGGGUGGGACGUGAUGUGGUUCUUCUUGGACUACGGGAUGAUUGGGUUCUUUAUCGUUGCACUUCUUGGCUGGAAGUUGUUCUCUAGGACAAAAUACGUUUGGCCAGGGACUGCAGAUAUAUCUCUUGGUGGUCUGAAAGGUGAAAUUGACGCUUACGAGGCUCUUUGCUCGGCCGACCAUCAAGGGGAAAAGAACAGCUUGUUGGAUAAGUUAUUCAAUUAA